AUGGCACUCUCCAAACGUGGACAAGAGUGGGCAGACAUGUCUGGAGAUUUGCUCAUCUGGAAGAUAAUAAGAGACCUUUGGGAUCCUGAAACAAACCCUGGCGGAUAUGUGAGCCUUGGUGUAGCAGAGAACAGCUUGAUGCACGAGGAGCUUACCAAGUUUAUACACGAGAAUACCAAAGUACCGAAAAAUGGACUGACAUAUGGUGAUGGUGGCAUGGGUUCUAAGAGACUACAGCAAGCAAUGGCCCGAUUUCUGACACGCAAAUUUUCAGCUACUGUACAGAUUGAGCCGUCCCAUAUAUGCAUCACCAAUGGUGUCACAAGCGCAAUAGAGCAUUUAAGCAACGUCUUGGCUAAUCCAGGAGAUGCAAUCCUGUUAGGACAGCCUCAUUACGUCGCCUUCAUCGACGACAUGCAGCUUCGGCCUGGAACUGAAGUCGUCCGGAUCUCAUUUCACGAUGUCGAUCCUCUAUCUCUAGGUGCAAUCGCAGCAUAUGAAGCAGCCAUCAAGUCCUGCCAAGCAAACAACCAGAGAGUCGCUGCAAUUAUGCUCUGCAAUCCACACAACCCCCUAGGCCGCUGUUACCCUCGAGACUUCAUCAUCGAGCUAAUGAAGCUCUGUCAAAAGUACGAGGUCCACCUCAUCAGCGACGAGAUAUACGCCAUGUCCGUCUUCCGCAGCACCGACCCAUCCGACCCAUCAGUAAUACCCUUCACCUCCCUUUCCUCCAUCCCCACCGAAGGCCUAAUAAAUCCGUCAUUAACACAUCUCCUCUACGGCAUAUCUAAAGACUUCGGCGCAAACGGUCUACGCAUUGGCUGUAUCGUCUCCCAACAUAACCCCGAACUCCUCAAGGCACUCAUACCCCUAUCAAUCCACUCAUAUGCCUCUUCCCUAGCAGAAUCAAUUACCGCAACAAUCCUCUCAGAUGACAGGUUCGUAGACUGGUAUAUCACCAAGAACCAAAAGAGAUUAAAAGCAAAUUACGAGCUAGUUACAGCCUGGGCUACGAAACACAGCAUCGAAUAUGCAAAGGGUGUUAACGCGGCGUUCUUCCUGUGGUUUAACCUUGGUGAUGUCUACUUAGCUAACCAGCAGAGGAUUAGAAGCGCAGGGCAAGAUUCCACGAAAGAGGAGGAGGUACAAGUCCCACAAGAUCCACCCGCGACAUCGGACGCUACUGUUACUGUCGACGCGAGUAAGGUCGAUGAGCGCACCAUGGCUGCGUUGAUUGAUCAGAAGAUUUUCCUUGCUGCUGGAACAGCUUUUGGUAGUGAGAAGCCUGGUUGGUUUAGGAUUGUGUAUAGUCAGGAUCAGCUGAAUCUUAAUGAAGGAUUGAGGAGGAUAGAGCGGGCACUUGGACUGAGUACGUAG